GUAUUUAUGCACUUUCAUUUGCUCUUUAUCCGUCUUCGCCUAAAAAAAAAAACAAGAAGCUAAAAGAGAAUUCUCUCAGCUACCAUGGAAGCUUGUUUAUUCACCUCUAAUUCCUUCACCAAAACUCUAGAAUUUUCACCCUCCUCAAUCAGAUCAAGAAGUCUGAACUACCCAAAGAGAAAUCUUCAUCAUUUUCUUCCCAGAAAAGUUUCACCUCCUUCUUCAGUGACAUAUUGUUUGAUUGAGUCAUCUUCAUCUUCACCGAUCGAUGAUGGCAAUGAACCUCUGAUUCGUGCCGAUUGGAGAUCAUUUAGAGCAAAACUUGUUGCAGGUCAACAAACAUUCAGAUCUGAUCGAGACCCUUCUUCACAGGCUGAUCUAGACACCGUGGUGGAUCAUCCACAACCCAUCACAAUCGGUGACAAAUGGGCCCACACGAUUCAUGAGCCCGAGAAGGGUUGCCUACUUAUCGCCACUGAAAAGCUAGAUGGGGUCCACAUCUUCGAACGAACGGUCAUCCUGCUCUUAUCAACUGGGCCGUUUGGUCCAUCAGGUGUCAUACUGAACCGGCCAUCGCUCAUGUCAAUCAAGGAAACAAGAUCAACGGCUCUAGAUGUAGCUGGAACGUUCUCUGAUAGGCCAUUGUUCUUUGGUGGGCCACUAGAGGAGGGACUGUUCUUGGUGAGCUCAAAAGGAGGGAAUGAGUAUGAUGCUGGGGUUGAGAAAAGUGGGGUUCUGAAGGAGGUAAUGAAGGGAUUGUAUUAUGGGACUAAGAAGAGUGUCGGUUGUGCAGCUGAGAUGGUGAAGAGGAACAUGAUUAAGGUUGAGGAUUUCAGGUUCUUUGAUGGGUAUUGUGGGUGGGAGAGAGAGCAACUGAGGGACGAAAUAAGAGCUGGGUAUUGGACUGUAGCAGCUUGUAGCCCAACUGUAAUUGAGCUGACUAGUGUUGGAGCUGUUGGGCUUUGGGAGGAGGUUCUUGGGCUUGUCCGCCCUAAUAAGGCCUGAUGAAACUUUUUUUUUUUGGUUUUUUUAACUGUAAUAGGAUAUCAUCAGAUGUAAAACUUAGGAAAGUACAUAAAUUUGUUCUUUUUGGCUUUUUAAGAAUAAUGGCUUUGCCAUUUUGUAGGGUAAAGAAGGGAAGGGAAUUUGUAAUGAAGUCGCUAAUCACUUUCUAAAUCAAAUUUGAUGUUGUAUAUUAUGAAUUUUCCUUUUUCUUUUCA